AUGAUGCCUUCUGGGGAGGACUUUGUCUUGGUGAGUUUCUCUGCUCAGCCCCAGUUAGAGAAGAUCCUCUUCGUGGUUGUCUUGAUCUACCUCCAAACCCUGAUGGGGAACACCGCCAUCAUUUUGGUGACCCACCUGGAUCUCCGUCUCCAUACACCCAUGUAUUACUUCCUGUCUUACCUCUCCCUCGAGGAUCACUGCUUCACCACUGGCAUCGUCCCCUACUUAUGUGGAACUUCCGCGGGCUCUCCAAGACCAUCACCGUGGUCGGUUGCUACCAUCGUCUUCUGCCUGCCCCGCUGUGGACACCAGCGACUUCCCCACUUCACCUACGAGAUGCCCGCCCUGCUCAAGCUGGCCUAUGUGGACGUCCGGGACAAUGAGAUCCAGCUCUUCGUGGGCACUCUGGGGUCCAUCGCCCGGACUGUGCUGAAGAUCAAAUCGCCUCAGGUCUGGAGGAAGGCCCUGGGCACCUGCGGGUCCCACCUCCUGUUGGUCACUCUUUUCUACGGAUCCAUUAUGGUGGUCUACAUCUGGCCCAACAGCUCCUUCUCUGGGCCUUUGUAUAAGUUCCUCACCCUCUUCUUAUCCGUGGUCAUCCCCACCUUCAACCACCUCAUCUACACCCUGAGGAACAAGGACGUGAAGGGGGCGGUGAGGAGGAUUCUGGGAAAAGACCAGAGUUCAGAAAAGGGCUAA